AUGUGGCCCGACUUUGGAAGUGAGGCAAGAAAUAUUCGCCUGGCACUUGCAGCCGAUGGAAUUAAUCCUCACAGCAAUCUUAGUAGUCGCUACAGUUGCUGGCCAAUCAUGCUGGCCACAUAUAAUUUGCCUCCAGACAUGUGCAUGAAAAGGAAAUUCAUCAUGCUAACGAUGCUCAUUUCAGGGCCGAAACAGCCUGGAAACGAUAUCGACGUCUACCUUGAGGUUCUAGUUGAUGAUUUGCAGCUGUUGUGGGAAGGAGUUGAUGGAGUUUAUGAUGCUUAUCGAAGGGAGGUUUUCACUCUUAAAGCAGUUCUUUUAUGGACCAUCAACGACUUUCCUGCAUAUGGUAACCUUAGUGGAUGUACUACACAUGGUUAUUACGCAUGCCCAAUUUGUGGUGAGGAUACUUAUGCAAAGCACUUACAAAAUGGGAAGAAAAUGUCAUUUGCUGGGCAUAGACGAUUCCUACCACGAUUUCAUCCAUAUCGGAGGCAAAUAAAGGAGUUUAAUGGCAUGGAGGAACUUGGUGAAGCAGGUAGGCCAUUAUCUGGAAUUAAGUUGCAUUGUCUCGAUGUUAUGCACAUUGAGAAAAAUGUUUUCGAGUCUUUGAUUAAUACUUUGAUGAACAUCAAGGGAAAAACCAAGGACAAUGUGGCAGCUAGGUUGGACAUGGUUCAGAUGGGAAUUAGGCCUCAAUUGGCUCCUAAAAUUGGUGAGAAAAGAACAUAUCUACCUCCUGCAGCAUGCUCAUUCACAAAAAAUGAUAGAUUACAAGUAUGUAGGUCAUUAAUGGAUAUAAAAGUUCUGAAAAGUUUCUCAUCAAACAUGAAGAAUCUUGUCUACAUGGAUGAGAUGAAGCUGAGUAGCUUGAAAUCACAUGAUUCUCAUGUUAUAAUGCAGCACUUCCUACCAAUAGUCAUACGUAAUUCUCUGCCAAAAUAUGUUAGAUAUGCUGUCAUAAGAUUAUGCUUCUUCUUCAAAGAUAUUUGUUGCAAGAUUAUCGAUGUAGCCAAGUUAGAUAAGCUACAAUCUGACUUGAUCGUUACACUCUGCUUAUUGGAGCAGUAUUUCCCCCCUUCUUUCUUCAAUAUCAUGCUCCACUUAACAGUUCAUCUUGUUCGUGAAGUCCAAUUAUGUGGACCAGUCUACUUCAGAUGGAUGUACCCAUUUGAAAGAUGCAUGAAGGUGUUGAAAAGUUACGUAGGCAGUCGAAAAUAUCUGGAAGGUUGCAUUGUUCGGAGAUAUGCAACAGAAGAAGCAGUUGAAUUUUGUUCAGAAUAUCUCAAUGACCUUGAUCCUGUUGGGGUCCCUAAAUCACUACGUGACCCAAACGCAAGCAUUCCUGGAUUCUUAGCAAGCAAUUCAUCAAUCAUCGUCCAACAAAUUGAUCUCCAAUAA